AUGGCGUUCAUUCUCGGUGGAUUUUCCCACAUCUUCGCGUUCAAGGGCGCGUUCCAAGCGGAGGUGACUGUGGGUGAAAACGAAAACGCCGAGAGCGCGAUUCGACGAUUCAGAAAGGCCGUGAUGUCUUCCGGUCACAUCCAAGAGACCCGCCGCCGUAGAUACUUUGAGAACAAGCAGGACAUUCUCAAGCGCAAGCAAUCGACGCCGAGAAACAAGAAGGGCGGCAAGCCGAAGACUGCGGCGCAAGCUAUCGCGGAGAAGGAAGCCGCCGCUUUGAACCCGCAAGGCCAACGCGCUGGUGGACGCGCGCGCUUCAACAACUGA